AUGGCUCUCCCACCUCAGAUACUGAUUGUCGGUGGAGGGGUCUUUGGAUUGUCCACGGCUCUCGCUCUGUCCCGCCGACACCCCAUCAGCCAUGUCACAUUGCUAGAAGCGUCAUCCACAAUUCCCAAUCCCGAAGGCUCCUCGGUCGACACCUCGCGCAUCGUGCGCGCCGACUAUUCGAACCCUGUAUAUGCGAAACUCGCCGCCACUGCCAUUGAACGCUGGCGGAACACGGAAUGGGGACACGAUGGUCGCUAUACACAGAAUGGACUGUUACUCGCCUACCCAGACGGUCAUGCACAGGGCAAGGAAUACACGAUCAAGAGCUAUUAUAAUGUCAAGGAAUUAGAGGGACAGAACGUCGAGCUUCUGCCUUCGAAGAGAGAUGUCCUGAGGGUCGCUCAAGCCUACGGCGAAGAACUCAACGUCGCCGGCGGUUACGUCAAUUGGGGUUCAGGCUGGUCGGACGCUGAAGCAGCUGUGCGAUAUGCGAAAAAGAAGCUGGAUGAGGCAGGCAAGGUCUCCUUCCAGACAGGAAACGUCAGGAGUCUUUUGUACGGGGAUCCCAGCUCGCCACGCAAGGUCACCGGCGUGACCCUGGCGGAUGGAGCCUCGAUAACAGCGGAUCUAGUGAUCCUUGCUACUGGCGCGUGGACAUCGAAGCUGGUGGAUCUCCGCGGCAGGGUCGUAGCGACGGGACAAGCGAUCGCGUACAUGCGCAUCUCCGACGAAGAACAGCGGCGACUGGAACACAUGCCGACCAUUCUCAACUUCUGCACCGGCAUCUUCAUCAUUCCACCGCGGAAUAACCUAUUGAAGAUAGCUCGUCAUGCCUAUGGCUACCACAACCCGAUCUCCGUUCCCGUUCCUGUACCAGGCAAUCAGAGAGGAACAGCAGCAACCAUGGACGUUAGUCUACCAGAGCCUGGGGCUCCGAUCCCACGCGAAGGUGAGGAAGCCUUCCGCUCUGCGCUGAAUCAGCUCCUCCCCACCUUCGUGGACCGGCCCUUCUCCGGCACUCGAGUAUGCUGGUAUACCGAUACACCCAAGGGUGACUUCAUCAUCACCUACCACCCAGAUCAGCCCGGCCUCUUCCUCGCUACCGGUGGUAGCGGACACGCAUACAAGUUCUUCCCUGUGAUUGGCGACAAGGUUGUCGAUGCGUUGGAGGGCAAUCUCGAGCCUGAGCUGCGGGAUCUCUGGUCCUGGCCUGCAGCCGUGGACGUUGCCGAAUUCAAAGGUACCGAGGACGGUAGCCGAUCAGGACCGAAGGGAUUGCUAUUGAUGGAAGAGCUGGCUAAGACGCAAAAGAUGCAACGCAGCAGCCUCCUGUAG